AUGGCCAUCACAUGCGUUCGAGGCGUAAUGCAAGUCGGCACCAUCGUCCGGCCUUCCGUCUGCUCAGCGGAGCGCGGCCAGCGGCGCGACGGGCAUAGGCCCGGGUUCGAUUACCUGCUGACGCCGUAUCCGAUGGCGGCCGCGAUCAUCUCGCAUGCAUCAAAGCGCGGCACGUCGCGGCGGCUCGCGGGAUAUUCUCAUCGGAGAUCGGGCGUGACGUCACCGCACACCUGCACCGAAGCUGGCAAAAGGGCAAUGUCGCUGAGCGGCGUCCACUGCGGUUUUGCAAGUCCGAACGCGCUCCGACCUCAAGGUCCUUUAUGCGGAUUACUUGCAAAGGAAAAAGAAGGAAGCAGGCCGCCCGUUACGUUCCAAGGCUGGUGCUCAUCAAUCUCCGCG